UCGAAGCCAAUGUGAAGCAUUGCUCGCAGAGUUCACAACAAUGUCAGAAGAAGCGGCACCAGAGAUGACUUCCGAGACUAAGGCAGAAGAAAGUGUAGCCCCCGACACAGCGAAGAUACCGCAAAUGAGGGCUAUCACCUUGACGGGAUUCGGGGGGCUCAAGAUGCUGAAAACUGUGCAAAAGGAUGUGGCAAGCGUGAAGGAAGGCGAGAUUCUCAUCCGAGUCAAAGCCUGUGGACUGAACUUUCUGGACUUGAUGGCAAGACAGGGCGUCAUUGACAACCCUCCAAAAACUCCAUCGACCAUAGGGUUUGAAUGUUCCGGCGAGGUGGAGGCGCUCGGACCGAAUACAAACGGAUUUGAAGUGGGUGACCGCGUGAUCGGGUUUUGUGACUUUGGCGCCUGGGCAGAGCUAGUGGCAAUUUCUGCUCACUACGUCUACAAGAUGCCAGAUAAGAUGAGUUUCCAAGACGGUGCUGCACUUGCUAUGAACUACAUGGCUGCCUACAUGAUGUUGUUUGAUAUCGGGAACUUGAGACCUGGAAAUUCUGUCUUUUGUCAUUCUGUCGGAGGCGGCGUGGGACAGGCUAUCUCCCAGCUUUGUCGGACAGUCAGUGACGUCACCUUGUAUGGGACAGCGUCGUAUUACAAGCUGGAGUCGGUGAAGGACAAUGUCACUCACCUAUUUGACAGAGUCGUGGACUACGGUCAGGAGGUUCGAAAGCUAUCCCCAGAGGGAGUGGACAUUGUCCUGGACUGUCUCUGUGGGGACGAUACAAACAAGGGUAUAUCACUGCUAAAACCCAUGGGCAAAUAUGUUUUAUAUGGAUCCUCUAAUGUUGUGACAGGAGAAACAAAAAGCUUCUUUAGUUUUGCCAAAUCAUGGUGGCAGGUAGAUAAAAUAAGCCCAAUCAAAUUGUAUGACGAGAACAAGAGCAUAGCUGGCUUCCAGUUACGCCAGCUUGUCUUCAGACAAGGUCAGCACGAGUACGCCAGGAAGGUGAUGAACCACCUCAUACAGCUGUACUCGGACGGAAAGAUCCGCCCCAGGAUCGACUCAGCCUGGGCAUUUGAGGAUGUUGGUGAUGCCAUGCAGAAAGUUCAUGACAGGAAAAAUAUUGGGAAAAUUAUUCUAGAUCCCAGUUUGGAGCCCAAAGUAAAGCCAGUAACCCAAGGCCAAGGUCGUUCCCAUACUGACAGUACAUGUAGUGAUGAAAAGGAACAAGUUGUCAAUGGAGAAUAAGAGCGGUAUUAUCCUGAGCAUAACUGAGUUAGGUGGUCAUGACACAAACACCAGUGUUACAGCUCUACCUUUUGACUUUGAAUGGGAAUAACAAGAACUGAAAGUCACAUUCCUUAUAAAGCUGCAUGCUGAACUGCUGAACUUUGACCUCGUCUGAUUAACACACUCCAAGACAGUUGGAAAACGAAAGUCAACUGUUAUUUAGCCAUUGUUAGCUUAUCACCAUUCAGUGUAACAUGGAAUUGCAUUUAGCAUUUAGAGGUAGAGAGCAAUUUAAAUAAACAAUUAGAUAGGAUAUAUCAUGUUGAGUCAGUAAUAAUAGAUCUUAUAUGUAGGAUUAGUUAUCAAGUACGUUUUAUAAUAUCAAGAAAUUAACUAUGAAUUAAUGUAUAAAAUGUUUAAUUGACUACUGAAAGUGAUCAAAAUAUCACCCAGGGCUAAUUAAUUCCUAAAUGACAGUAAUUCCAUGUAAUGCAAACUUAUAUAUACGUAUAUAUAUAUACAUUCCAAUUUUAUAAUGAAUCUAUACAUCUGGUAUUUAGAUGAACAACAGGUUUCAUCUUCAUGCAAAAUUUCAAAAUAUUGAUACAUAUACAUAUGUAUAAACAUUGAUCAUAUCUGCUGAUAACAUAUCUAGGACAACAUCUAGUUUUGUAUCCAUGUACACCUGUCUGUAUUUGUGGCAUGUCUAUAUUCAAGAGCAGAUAGCAGUUAUCUCCCCUUACCAGAUUAAUUAGAUUUGUUUUCUUUCUUCUUUCCCAACUUAAGGACUUAACUCCCAACAGUUAUCAAGAUAAGUGGGAAUUGCACAUCUAAUUUAUGGUGAAAAAAUAUAUUGUUCAAAAUGAAAAGAAACUAUAGUCUAGAUCGUAGUGUACUAAACCAGCAAAAGAAACAACUGUGCAGCUUGUAAGAUUAUAGCCAAAAGAUUGAUAUUGAUAUUGUGUACACUUGGAGCUGAGGGAUGGUAUCCAAUGCCUAGUGUAACAGAGUGAGCGUGAUUGUGUUAUGAAAAUGAUUGUAAGUGCUAUCUUGGUACUAUUGUUGUAAUUGUUAGAUUGUGUUAUUUUACAAAGCUCUCUCCGUUAAAGGCUCUAUGACGAAUACAGCAAGAUCUUCUUAUUUAUUUAUUUAUUUAAACAAAAUUGACACAUGAAAUUCACAAAUAUUACCGAAAAAUAUUUUAAUCUCACAAAAUAGUCAUCUUAUAUCCAACAGUUUGAUCAAAAUAAUUUCCAUCCAACUGACCAUUGUUUCUCAAGAAACUGAAUUGGUUUUCCCUUCAGACAGGAACUUCUGGAAAGUUAACAGAAAUACCAGAAUUCAACAUCCAAAUCUGGACCCAGAAUUCAUCAAGAUGAUUAUAACAUGUUUCAUAUUCUGUGAUUUUUUACAUGUACAUAAUCAAUGUGCAUGUAUUUGGAAAAAAAAAAUAUCUUAAGAAUUCUGGAGAGAGACCGAUACUUAGAUAUAUAAUGACAACAUUUUGCUGUACAAGACCUCAAUGUAGUUAUCGUUAGGCUAGAACCUAGAGCUAUAAUAAAACUGUUAAUAUAGCCAUUGUUAGAACCUAGAGCUAUAGUUAAUAUAGCCAUUGUUAGAACCUAGAGCUAUAAUAAAACAGUUAAUAUAGCCAUUGUUAGAACCUAGAGCUAUAAUAAAACUGUUAAUAUAGCCAUUGUUAGAACCUAGAGCUAUAGUUAAUAUAGCCAUUGUUAGAACCUAGAGCUAUAAUAAAACUGUUAAUAUAGCCACUGUUAGAACCUAGAGCCAUAAUAAAACUGUUAAUAUAGCCAUUGUUAGAACCUAGAGCUAUAGUUAAUAUAGCCAUUGUUAGAACCUAGAGCUAAAAUAAAACUGUUAAUAUAGCCAUUGUUAUUUAUUUUGUAAUGUUAAUCAUUUGUAUUGUUUUUGUGUAUUAAUGGUGGAUGCUGAUUAGGAACUUGUGAUAAUUGAAAGCUAGAUGACUAUUUUUAGUGUAUAUAUAUAUAUAUAUAUAUCACUGUAAACAAAGAAAAGAUUUUUUUAUUAAAUUGUGCUUAGAUACAAGUUAUUUUAAACUCUUUAAUUUAGGAUAUUCCCAUUUAGGAAUUUCUUAAAUUACCAUAUGACACCACAAAUUAAUAUUCAUGAACAACUAUUUUGUUUUACAAUGCAUGUCUCACCUGAUGUAAUUUUCCUAUAACCGAGGACAUUGCUUACAUUAUCUUUGUGAUAAUCUAUAUAACGUCCAAUAAGAUAUCUAGUCCCCGUGUAUUAUGACUUACAGCACGGUCGAUUUACAGUAUUUAGGUAUCUAGUCCCUGUGUAUUAUGACUUACAGCACAGUCGAUUUACAGUAUUUAGGUAUCUAGUCCGUGUAUUAUGACUUACAGCACAGUUGAUUUACAGUAUUUAGGUAUCUAGUCCCUGUGUAUUGUGUGUUACAGCAGUCGAUUUACAGUAUUUAGGUAUCAAGUCCCUGUGUAUAAUGACUUAUAUAUAAUUACAGCACAGUCGAUUUACAGUAUUUAGGUAUCUAGUCCCUGUGUAUUAUGACUUACAGCACAGUCGAUUUACAGUAUUUAGGUAUCUAGUCCCCGUGUAUUAUGACUUACAGCACAGUCGAUUUACAGUAUUUAGUUAUCUAGUCCCUGUGCAUUAUGCCUUUAAUACAGCAUUUUGUCUUGACCUGAUACUUGAGAAUUUAAGUCUUGGCAUUUUUUCUGGGCCGGUUGUCAGGGCCGGGUCGUCGCGAGCUUUCAAUGGAGUUUGGCAAAAAAAAUCUUACUUUACGUUCUUCAUUUGACAAUUUCGAACUAUCCGAAAUAGUGUCAGUUAUAAACAACUCUUGAACUAUUACUAGCUAAAAAAUAUUGUUUUUCUAGAGAAAAAUGUGUGUUCGAACUAUCUGCGUGUUCGAACUAACCAAAGGUUUACCAUAAACACAGAGGCUUGUUACAGUAAAUUACCCUGCUAAUUAUAUAUUAAGGCAUGAACCACCGGGGCCUGUUCAUUUAUGCGGACGAACUGGACCGGUUUGUCAGUUUUUAAAUGUAGUAUUUCAAACAUAUAUCUUGACCUGCAAAUAUUGAAACGGGCCUUGGAAGUCUUUGUCAAGGCUUGUCUGAAAACAACAUAUAAAAUUACCAGGUCCGUCUUUAUUUCAUAAACGAACAACACCGGUGCAACUGGUCCAACCGUUUUGACCGCAAAAAUGAAAACAGCCCUGAUGUGUAAUCAAUCACCCAGGCAUAUAAGGUGGUAAAGCCCAGAUUUCAUGUUUGUUGUCAGGAAGGAGGCUUCAAGUAGAGAUGUGCCAGUCAGUGCUGGUUUACAAUUCACAAUGUUAUAAAACUUUCUCAAAGACUGCACAUUGGUAUACUCCAAGGUAAACUGUGCACUUUUUUGUCGAGUUAAAUAAUCUUGUAUUUUAAGAAAUUUACUGCAUAUCACCUGGUCUAAUGAAUCAAUAUACGUUAUUUUUACCUUGUAUCAGUUGAACAGUGACAAUAAUAUUCAUACCUUAAAGACUCCAGUGUUUUUCUGCCUCUUUAUUUGGGUCCAAAAUUCCCAAAAUAUUUAAAUUUGGUUAGUUUUAUGUCUAAGGACAGGAAAUCCUGCAGUCUUUUCCCUCUUCUUCCGCUCAUUUUUACAUUUUGCUGCCCAAACAAUCCCAAUGACUGUCAUGUGGCAAUGUCCAAAAACACUGGACUGUCGCCUCCAAUAUCACAGGUUAAUAUAAAUUUUAAAAAUUGUUGUAAAAUGUACCGUAUGUAUGAUGUAUAAUUAAAUGCAUGUUGUGAUAGAGAAAUAUCCUAUCCAUGUUAACCCAUCAAUGCAACUAUUAAAUGUUAUCUAUCAAACUGUUUUGUUAGUGCUUGUGAGCAUAAAGCUGUUGAUAUCAUAUAAUAUUUAUUCUACAUAUGUACAUGUGUAUGCUUGUUCUCCUUCAAACUAAGCCAUUGUGAAGGUUGUGUGGUAACUAGUUAAAACAGUUGUGAAUAUUGUGUUUCUAAUUCCUAGGUAAACGUGAAGAUCGUGUGGCAAUAGGUAAUCAUAUUUGUGAAGAUUGUGUAGCAAUAUUACUAUAUGUGAAAAUCUUGCGACAAUAUUAUUAUGUAAACAUAUAUGACGAUAGUUACACAAAAUGAUUAGAAUACACCACACCCACAUAUAGUUUAAAGGUUAACUUCCCAGUAUGUGUUCACCUGUCAACUGGAAAUAAAAGUUGUAUUUUGA